AUGGCCGAGUGUCGUUUGCUUUUUAAUUCAAUUAAUGAGCAUCUCUCAUCCCGCACGCCUUCGUUCGAACACGGAUACAUUGAAAUCAUGUCAUACGAUUCUUCAUCGCCACCUUCAAGAUCCACAUCUCUGUCAACAUCAACGACUAUCCCUCUCCCAGCCUCCUCGUCAUCAGCUAACCUCGAGGAUGCUACCAAUACACCAUCGAUAUCAAUACCACCCUCAACAGCAUACGAUCCAUUCUUCUCAACAUUCGAUGAUGGAUGUUCAACUUAUCCAACAAAUAAUAAUAAUAUGAAAAAACCUCAAAUAUCAUCUUUUGAUCCAACAAUUUAUCAGAAUUCUUUUGCAAGUCAUUUCUCUCCUACGGGUGUACCAUAUCAAUUCUAUUCGGAUGCUGCCACAUCGUAUUUUUCAAGUCAAGCGCGUACAUAUUCGGAUUAUUUCUGUCAAACACCUUAUCGCGCACAAACAACGAAUAAUACAAUGACAACCAAUCCAAUAUCAACAUCACCGACGAAUACAACUAAUGCAUCAACCAAUUCAUGGUAUCAACCAACACACUGCGCAGAUCCAAGAUUUGCAAUGUCUCGUUUAUUAACUGGUCAAACACCUUCCCAAUACGAUAUGUAUCAAUCGGCUGCUGCAGCAUCAUCAAUAAUGGUUGAUCCGCUAAAAUCUGCUUAUCAUCCAUUUGCUUUUACGCCAAAACGUAAACGUCGAGUUCUGUUUUCUCAACAACAAGUCAUGGAAUUGGAAAAACGCUUCGAUAAAAAUCGAUACUUAAACGCUCAAGAUCGUGACCAAUUGGCACAUUCCCUCAGUUUGUCAUCGACACAAGUUAAAAUCUGGUUUCAGAAUCAUCGGUAUAAAACAAAGAAAGCAACAAAAGAGAAAAAUGGAAGUAAUUGCGCCGAUAGCAGUGACGAACAAUCAUCAACAGGCAAUCCUCAUCAACAUCCAUCGCAAAUGCAAUCAAAUAUGUUUCAUUCGCAAAUACCGAUUCCAGCAGCAGGCCAUCAACGACUUCCUCAUGGACAUCAUUUACAUCCUCAUUCAUCUCUUCACUUAUUGAAACAUGAACCACGUUAA